AUAUAUCAGCCUUUGAUGUUUAAUUGUAUUGUAAAACACACUUUAGAAUAUUUCUGCAUAAAGUAGACUUCUGGCUGUGCUGUGCUUUGUGUUUGCUGUUCUGUGUUUUGUGUGUUUGUCUGUCUGUAUGUGCAUAUGGGUGUCUGCGCAAGCGCGUGUUCGACUUUGCGUCUUGUCUCCGCGUGUUCAUGCAUCAGAAUGUUUGUGCCUUCUUUUUUUUUGUCUUAGUUUUGCGAGGUUGUUGUUGGUGUAUAUUCAAAUCAAAAAGCCUCUUGUUGUUUUUUCUCUCUCCCUUUUCUUCUCACACUGAAGAGAAAAUGAUUUGAUGUCUGGGAUGAUGGAGCAGUCUGGAAAACAGUGUCAAUGCGAGGGGCUGAUAAGGCAGACUGAGAAGACUGAUGCUGAUGAAAACAGACACAAACAGACGCGUUUGAGGUACAGAUGCUGGAAUCUUUGAGGUGAUUGGAACAAAUAGAAAGAAGAAAAAAGCUAGAUAAGAGAUAGCAGGAGUGCAAGAGUGAAGAGAAAGAAGAGCGAAAAGAAGAAAAGAGGAGAGACAGAGAGUGAGAGAAAGAAAGAAGAAAGCUUUGAGUUAUUCAGAAAGAGAAGAAAAAGAAAGAGACGGGGACGAUGGGGAGGAAAAAGAUUCAGAUCACGCGAAUUAUGGAUGAACGCAACAGACAGGUGACAUUUACAAAGCGAAAGUUUGGCCUGAUGAAGAAGGCAUAUGAGCUGAGCGUGCUGUGUGACUGCGAGAUUGCCCUGAUCAUCUUCAACAGCACUAACAAGCUGUUCCAGUAUGCCAGCACAGACAUGGACAAGGUCCUCCUUAAAUACACUGAGUACAACGAGCCCCACGAGAGCAGAACCAACUCUGAUAUUGUGGAGACGUUGAGAAAGAAGGGCCUAAACGGCUGUGACAGCCCAGACCCAGAUGCAGACGACUCGGUGGGCCACAGCCCCGAGUCCGAGGACAAGUACAGGAAAAUAAACGAGGACAUUGAUCUGAUGAUCAGCAGACAGAGACUGUGUGCAUUGAACAAGAAGGAGAACAAGGGCAGUGAGAGCCCGGAGCUCGAGUCUGCUCUCAUCCUCACCCCACGCACUGAGGAGAAAUACAAACAGAUUAAUGAGGAGUUUGAUCACAUGAUAAAAACUCAUAAGAUCCCUCAGGCUGUACCCCCAUCGAACUACGACAUGCCCGUCUCUAUCCCCACAAGCAACCAGAACAAUUUAAUCUACAGCCAUCCUGGCGGGUCCCUAGGCAACCACAAUCUGUUGCCACUAGCGCACCAUGGUCUACAGAGAAACAGCAUGUCUCCAGGCGUGACACAUAGACCCCCCAGUGCAGGUGGCCUCAUGGGUGCUGACCUCACCACUGGCGCAGGCACCAGUGCUGGAAAUGGCUAUGGGAACCACCGCAACUCUCCUGGCCUGCUAGUUUCCUCAGGUGGAAUGAACAAGAACAUGCAGGCAAAGUCCCCCCCACCCAUGAACCUGGGCAUGAACAACCGCAAACCUGACCUACGCGUGCUCAUCCCCCCUGGGGCCAAGAACAACAUGCCCUCCAUUUCUGAGGAUGUUGACCUGCUGUUGAACCAGAGAAUUAACAACUCGCAGUCUGCUCAGUCGCUGGCCACUCCUGUGGUUUCAGUGGCAACUCCCACUCUACCAGGACAAGGGAUGGGCGGCUACCCAUCUGCCAUCUCUACCUCUUAUGGUACCGAGUAUUCCCUGAACAGUGCAGACCUGUCCUCGUUGUCCGGCUUCAACAGUGGCAGCUCCCUGCACCUCGGCUCCAUGAGUGGCUGGCAGCAGCAGCAUCUUCAGAACAUGCAGCAUUCAGCCCUCAGCCAGCUCGGAAAUUGCUCUAGCUCUCACUUAUGUCAGGGUUCAAAUCUAUCCCUGCCCUCUGCUCAAAGCCUGCACAUCAAGUCCGAACCUGUUUCUCCUCCUAGAGAUCGCACCAGCAGCACACCAGGGGGCUACGGCGGCGGGGUGCCACCCAGUCAGAACCCCCAGUCCCGCCAGGACUCGGGACGCUCCCCCGUCGAUAGCCUGAGCAGUUGUAGCAGCUCCCACGAGGGCAGUGACCGCGAUGAGCACAGGAAUGAGUUCCACUCACCCCUUGGACUGGCCCGGCCUGCCCUGGAUGAGCGAGAGAGCCCCUCCAUCAAACGGGUGCGAUUGUCAGAGGGAUGGGCGACAUGAUAGCUCUGCCGACGCCCCUGGCUGUGCCCCAAGUUGCCCGGAGACCCUGACAAUGCAGCAUUUCGAUGCCCCCAAAGUCAGCUCCCAUUUCCUUUUCACGCACCACCGGACCCCACAGCCUCUCUCCUUUUAUCUCUUCAAAGAUGAAGGAAAGAAAAGGGACAACCCUUUCAAAAAGUGUUUUGUAAUUUCUUUUUCUUUUUAAUUAUUAUUAUUAUUAUUAUUUACUUCCUUUUGUUGAAUGUGUGUGUGUGUGUGUGUGCUUUACUUAUUGACAUUAUAUAAACCAGUGAGGGUGUUGUAAUGGGCUUUUGGGGGGGCGGGUGUUGGUUUGGAUGGGGGGAUUUAUGCCGGGGAACUAUGCAUAAAAUGUAUUGUGUGUGGAUAAAAGAAUCACAUGCAUAUAUCUCUACACGUAUUUAUGUGUACAUAUAUGCAUAUCAGCAUAUAAAAAGAAGUAGUCAGGUACUCCGUCUCAUAAAACAACGUACUUACAAUUUGCCUCAGUGAUGUAUCAUUAACUAGAAAAGAAAAAAAUUUAUAAAAAAAAAAGCAUUAACAUGAGAGAGAGUGUGUCCAGAGGGGGGGGAAAAAAACACCUUGCACUUGAGUUGGACAAAACGUACGUGUGUACAGUAUCAGUUUCAUUGGUUAUACUCCUUCUCCGCAGUCCUCCCUUGCAAAAACGUGUUAACAUUAGAUGAUGUCAUGUUGCAGGUUCAACGUAUUUAUGUAAAUAGUGGAUUAACAGGUGGGGGGAAGGGUGUUGCAGGCGAGGGGUUAAGAAGUUGCCAGACAUUUCAAGAUUUAUGAACUCAAUAAAUGAAAUAGCUAUUAUGCAACAUUUGAAGGAUUGUACAGGUAAACAUGCAGGAACCCAAUGCUAGGUGUCGAUUUUUUGGGGGGGACUCUGGUCAGAGGACGGAGUGAGGACCACCCUUCGAUCUAAGAGCUGCAUUGGUGUAAUCAUGAAAACUCGGGUUCUAGUAUUAACUUCUCAGUAUUGAUGAACAAAUAAAAAAAAGACGAAAAAAAUGACAAAAAAAAACAACAAUUGUACGAUACACUUGCUUAUAUUUUCAUAUGAAAGGAAUACAAUGCAAAGCAUUUUGUGGCUUUUUGUAGUUUCUAUAAGCCAGAAUGUGUUUUUUGAUAGCUUUGCUAAUGAAAGAGGGAUAGUUCACCCAGAGAAAGAGAGAGGUAUGGGGGGAUGAUUGGGCUUUCACGCCCUAAGCCAUGAAAAACAGAUUGAGAUCCGAUGCUUCGCUGAACUGUUUUAUCUUUGUAGAGGUUUGUUUUUAAACGUGUAUUUCUAAUUAUUAUAUAUAAUAAUGGUAAUAUUAAGAAUCUUUAAAAAAAAAUCUGUGAAAUUAACAUGCUUGUGUAUAGCUUUCUAAUAUAUGAAUAUAUAUAAUGAUUUUUUUUUUGUUUCUUAGUGAAGUUUCUAUGUGCAGUUGCACAUGUUGUCUGGUUUUUGUUUCAUUUGAACUCUGAACAGUGCUGUUGAAGGGGGUUGUAUUUAGACUAACUUUAGAAACCAGCUGGAUUUGUGCAACACAGAAGAGAUGGGGCCUGAAUGCUGAAAAAAGAAAUUAAAAAAAAAUCACAAAAACAGUGUCCUUGUGGAAAAUGUCAGAAGACUGAAACUGGAGAUGAAUAGAAAUGAGAAGGCUCGAUGUAUUCUGCUUAUCUCACGCACCAAGAAAUAUGAUGGGAAUCUGGUUGCGUUUGUAUAAAUUUAGCUGAAUCAUAGGGAUUUAAAAAUUAUCAAAUUUAGUCCCAAUAAUCUCAUAAAGCAGUUUUUUUCACAUUAUAUUAAAAUCUCAGGUCUUCUCCAAUCUUAAAUGUGUGUUCUAGAUGUUUGACAAAACUCACCCAAACUGUACUGUUUCCUUUUGAAUCAUAUUUACCUAACGCAACUUUGCAAAUGCAUCCUGAUGAAUUCCCACUGAUCAUCAUUAUCAUUUAUCAACCUAAGCUGAUUCUUCUCCUUGCGAUCUCCACUAUGUUCCAGUCUUCAAAAAGCAUUUCCACUUGAGGCCACUGAUACUACAGCAAAAAAGGACGAAACUGAUCAUGCUGGUAUGGGAAAAGCACAAUGUGUUAAUUUGAGAUAAAUAGUUGUUUUGGAUUUAUUUUUAUUUCUUCUUUUGUUUUUAAACAAUGAAACUAGCCACAUAUCUCUCUCUGCCUCCCACUCCCGUAUCUGCUGUCACUUAAGUGUUAUUCUAUUUCUGUGUGCAUAUUUCAUGCAGGUUCACAAUGUUGUUACUGUAUACAGUCUGUGUAGUCAAAUGGGGCAGAGCCUCUGUAACGGUGUUCUUUCUUUUAUUUUUUAAAACUUCAAUACAAAAAAAAAAAAAAAAAAACAAAAAAAAAAAUACAGUUGGAAAGAUAAAUAAAUAUGAUGUUUCCGGCAGCAUAAAGUGUGGAGAAACCAAAGCCAGUGGUAUUUCUGUAUUGUAAAAUCAACUUUUAUUUUCACAUCCAUUUUUUUUUCCGCAAGCAUUGAAAAAAAAAGAUAAUAAAAGAAUUUGCUCAAAUUUACAAUUGUUUUUUUCCACAUUUCAAUCACAGUUAGUUGGGUGUAGCUUCAGGUUUGUUUUUGUUUUUUUUUCUUUUUUGUUAAUCUGCUUGAACAGUUUCUCUGUUUGAUUGCUCUUCUUUUCUUUGCGCUCCCUGUGUAUUGCAUUGCAAAAGGUUCAUAUUAGCAAAAGGAAAUUGGGUUUUUGCUCAGAAUCAAGAAAAUCAUCUAGACCUGUCACUACUCCCUGCUCUAGUUUCAAUAAUUUUUUACCAAAGACAGAGAAAAUUUGUAGGGUUGCCUUUUUAUUUAAACACGUCUGGUGUAAUUGUCGGUACCUCAAAAUUGACCUAAGCAGUACCUCAGCUGAUUUUUGAUAACGUAACCUGCAGUGCAAAGGGAAGACCAUCCACCUGUACAGCCAUGUGUAUUAACUUACAAAUGCUAAAUGUCCUGGCAUUUACACAGGACUCUUUGUUGCUCCACUGUGUUUGUGGUCUAUUUAAGUUGUGCUCAAAAACUUACAAAAAAAAAAAAAAAAAUUUAAAAAUAUUUUUUUUUAAAGUGUAAUAUGGUAUAAAAAUAAAAAAAUACUUCAAAGUCAGUCUUUAGUAUCAAUGUAGCUUGUAUAAACCUGAAAAAAAUGGGAGAACGUUUGGAAGUAAUGUUUUUUGUUUUGUUUUUGUAUUUUUCCUGGAACGCAAGAGAGCGGCUUUCAGUGGCAUAAGCUGGCCUUUGUCGCUACUUGAGACUAAGAUGGUUUUAAAUUAAAUCACAUCUCUGUAACUCAAGGGACUUGUUUCAGCUGUAUGUAGUAACAUAAAUUUAAAAAAAAAAAAAAAAAAAAAAAACGUGGGGAUGGAGCCCAAGUCUCCUCUGCUUGAGGGAAAGGCUAUUUGUAUUUUGCAGAGAUUUCAGUAAAGUUACUGGCUUUCUUAGUUA